AUGAGUAAUUAUGUUAAAACUGAAAAACAAGGAGAAGAAAUAUUUGACGGAGUCCACAGAUUGGGUUUUAUAAGAUGGUAUUCAAGUGUGAAUACAAACCCAGAAAUAGUUGUAUCCAAAGAUGGACAAAUGGUUGUUUGUUAUCAUCCGUCAACCCCAUUCCCAUAUGAACAUAGCAGACCUCUUCCUAGACCAGACCCUGCCAGACCAGAAGAGACUCAUGAAAAUGUUUUGAAGAAACAAUUUGUACAGUAUCUACACAAAGAACGUGCCGGCCCUGAUGAAAAGGAACUCGCAAAGAUGUUUCACACAACCAAACACAGAUGGUAUCCUAA